UUCUGACCUGCCUCGCUCUCUCUGACCUCAAAACAUAACAAUAAUCCCAGACGUAAUUAAAAAGAGUCCCUCAUCCACAGCAGCAAUGGCCCCCAAGAAAGUAGAAGCCAAGAAGCCGGAGCCCAAAAAGCCUGAGCCGAAGAAGCCGGAGGCGAAAAAAGAGGCCGCACCGGCUGCACCUCCUGCCCAACCCGAGCCUCCCAAAGAACCCGCAUUCGACCCGAAGACCGUGACGCUGGAGUUCACGCCUGACCAGAUCGAGGAGUUCAGGGAAGCCUUUCAGCUGUUCGACCGCACACCACUGAACGAGAUGAAGAUCACUUACGCUCAGUGCGGAGACGUGAUGAGAGCGCUCGGGCAGAACCCCACCAACGCCGACGUCCUCAAGGUCCUCGGGAAGCCGCGUCCCGAGGAAAUGAACAGCAAGAUGCUGGACUUUGAGACCUUCCUGCCCAUGCUGCAGCACAUCUCCAAGUCUAAGAACAAGGGCAGCUUCGAGGACUUUGUUGAGGGCUUGCGGGUGUUUGAUAAAGAAGGCAACGGAACCAUCAUGGGGGCAGAACUGCGUCACGUUCUCGCGACGCUCGGAGAAAGGAUGAGCGAGGAUGAGGUGGAUCGACUCAUGGCGGGGCAAGAGGACGCCAACGGAUGCAUCAACUACACAUCGUUCGUGAAACACAUUCUCUCUGGUUGAGGUGGACUUGGAAAUGAUUUUGCGUAGGAGAUAUAUUUAAAGCAUUUUAAAGGUUUAUGAUGUGUUAGUGUAAUAGUUUGUAGGUUCAUAAAUUAAUACAAGAGACAAUUACAAGAGACGGUUUACUUUUCCAAAUAUCAGCUCACCAGAAUCCACAAAAAAAAGCCAAAGAUUAAAAAUGUUUAUAUUUAUUGAACAGCAAUGUGUCAUCAUUUUUUAACCAUUUGGAAGUUGCAUUUAGUGUUGUGGACUACAUGAAAACAUGUUAUGUUACAGAGAAACCGCAACAUCUACACUCGUCUGUCUGUAACUUCAUGAUCCAUAUCCACCUCCGACUGACCCUGGAGACUCCUUCCAAAAUCGAUGUUUGUUAUUUAUUGUUUAUGUGUUGAAUACAAUGCUACUGUAAUAGAAGAAGAUGUGUUUGUAUGAAAAAAGAAAUUAUUAAUACCAUCUGACCGAGGCGGAAUUCAAGAGUGCACGGCAUAAAUAACAAGUUGUUCAUUCGUCUAUUUAAAGAAAGAGCACAAAAGGAUUCACAGACAUCGUGCUGGAACUGAAACAUGUAUCUUAAGGUUACCUUCCACUGGAAGUGCAUCAGAGCUAAACAUCAACAAAUGAAUAAAUAAAUGGCAAUGCUUUUCAAGCUA